UCUUUCCAUAAGUCCAUUAGCAAUGGUUCAUUCAGAUUCAGACCCACCUCUGCUCGACCAUUAUGGAAUACUUUUAUCAUGCCACUCGACUCAAUGCGAUGAACCCCAAAGCAGAGUCACCAUGGAAGAAUGCCAGCUUCCAUUGAUCGACUUGUGUGCUCUAACAAGUGAUGACGAAACAGUUUGCCGAGCUUCUGCCGCCGCAAUUUGUAAAGCGUCGUCGGAAUGGGGUUUUUUCCAAGUGGUGAAUCAUGGCAUUAGCCCUCAACUAGUCAAGAAGAUGAGGAGCGAGCAAGUGAAAUUGUUCCAAACACCCUUUGAAACGAAAGCUAAAAGUGGACUUUUGAAUGAUUCUUACAGGUGGGGAAAUCCUAGGGCUACUUGUCCUAAUCAAUUCUCCUGGUCGGAAGCCUUUCAUGUCCCUCUCACUAAGGUCUCGGAUGAAGCUUGUUAUGGAGACUUCACGUCUUUAAGGGAAGUAAUGACAUGUUUCGCAGCAGCCAUGUCGGAGCUGUCGAGGGUUCUAGCAAGGAUCCUGACAGAGAACUUAGGCCACGGAAAACAAGCUCGGAUCGACACUAUAUGCAACGAAACGACAUGUUUCCUUCGCCUGAAUCACUACCCAGCAUGUCCGAUAACUCCGGAGAUUACCGGUCUAGUGCCCCACACCGAUAGCGAUUUCCUAACGAUUCUUUGUCAAGACCAAGUCGGAGGGCUUCAACUCAUGAAAGACUCCAAAUGGGUGACUGUCAAACCUAACAAAGAUGCUCUCAUCGUCAACAUCGGCGACCUUUUCCAGGCAUGGAGCAAUGAUGUUUACAAAAGCGUGGAACAUAAGGUGGUGACCAAUGCAACAAUGGAGAGAUACUCCAUUGCUUAUUUCCUUUGCCCUUACUAUGAUUCUUGGAUCGAGAGCAUCGUGAAACCUUCCAUUUAUAGAGGGUUUACUUUCGGAGAAUAUAGAGACCAAGUUCAAGAAGAUGUGAGAAAAACAGGGUACAAGGUUGGCCUUCCGAGGUUUCUACUUAAGGGUUCAGAUGAUAACACCGGAUUAUACACACCGAGCAUCACGGCCAACAGUUAAAUGAGCCUUUUUACACAUCUAAUGAGCAUGAUGUAACAAUUAAAGCCGC